UGGUGUGUAUGGGAAGAGUCGGGUUUGAGCAUCCGACAUACGCGCUGCUGCACAGAGUGGACCUCCGGAGUCUACAUUUAUCAAGUGCUUCUUGGACACCGGGUUAAGUUAAUUGUGCGGACCGAGGGGAAACAGUAGACUUUAAUCGCGUCAGUCGUUAAUGGUUAUGGGAUUGCUUCACCGUAACUUCCAAUUCAUAAGAGACCUGUCUACCUGGAGAGAGAAGAGUGAAGACAGAGCGACCGCUUCUCCUCGCGAUAGUUUUUCUUCUCUUCACCCGGAUUAUACGGCACUAGAGGUUGGAAAUAUACUCGAUAUCGGAAGCAGAGAGUGGGAUGCUGGGUUUCCUGGGCUCUUCUCGCUUCGCGAUGAUGUUUAAAACAAGUUGAACUGAGGCAGAUUUUCAAAGGUCACCCUCAACAAUCUCCCUAUGCUUUGCUUUUACAGUCAUUUGCUUUUAACUGUAGAACUGUAGAGGUUGUUGACUUCAGUGGUUGAAACAUCGGACACCUGGAGAAGAAGGCGAGGAAAGUUUGGAGAGAAUGUCGAGUCGCAGGGUGAAGCAUGAGCUGCCAGUGUACUGAUUUUAGACUGGCGUAUCUGAUGAGUCUAUGGGUGUGUGUUGUACUAAGCCUUCACUGCUGGGUUCUAGCCCCUGUGGCAGCCUCCCAUGAUGCCGCAGGUCCAUUUGGGUGGCUCCUUUCAGAUAAAGGGCCUUUUCAUCACUCACAGGAAUUUGCAGAAUUUGUGGAGCGUUAUCAGCAGGGCUUCACAACCAAAUAUAAGAUUUACAGAGAGUUUGGGCGCUGGAAGGUGAACAGCCUGGCUCUGGAGAGAGAGGACAAUGGCGUGGCUCUACCCCUCGAUCCAGAGUUCAUGCAGACCAUCAGACAGUUGGGCCGCAGACCCACCCUCGGUGCCAUUACCGAGAACAUUAUCAGGAAAUAUGGCACACACUUUCUGCUUUCAGCUACACUCGGAGGUGAGGAGGCGUUGACUAUAUUUGUGGACAAGAGGAGGCUAAGCCGAACAGCGGACCUGACUGACUCAAAUGGCACGGCUGUAACUCUGGAAGCCCUGCACCAGCUGGCUGCCUCCUACUUUAUAGACAGAGAGAGCACUUUGCGCAAACUGCACCACCUCCAGAUUGCUUCCACUGCCAUCAAGGUGACCGAAACAAGGACAGGCCCUCUUGGAUGCAGUAACUAUGACAACCUCGAUUCUGUCAGUUCCGUUUUGGUUCAGAGUCCUGAAAACAAGAUUUAUCUACAAGGGCUUCAGGCCAUUCUGCCAGAAUACCUAAGGAGCAGAUUUGUGGAGGCAGCUCUCAGUUAUAUUGGCUGCCACUCCGAGGGCGAGUUUGUGUGCCGGGAUAAUGACUGCUGGUGCAAAUGCAGUGUUGAUUAUCCCCAGUGCAACUGUCCAAGUGAAGACCUGACGGCUAUGCAGGACAGUCUGAAACUCAUCAGAGAAUCAUGGAUGCAAGCCAACCAAGAGUUUGAAGAGUCUGAGGACUUCCAAAAUUUUGUGAGGAGAUUACCAACGUUCUAUGCUCUGAACACAUCUGCUGUGCAGUACUUUUGGAAGAUGGACCCUGGCGUUCAGCAACGCUUUCAACUGCUGGAGACUAGCACUCAACAGCUGCUCAGCAAAGCACAUCGGAUUGUCGGCAAACUCUUCAAACUCUGUAAAAGGUGUCGGACUCAGCCCAAAAUAUCUGUGCCCAGAGAGAGGCCUCUCAGCUACUGGCUGAGGUAUAUCCUCUCCAUCAUGUACUGCAGUGAGAACAAUCAGAUAGGCUCCUACAUGGAGGAAACGCGGACCUGCUCCUGUCAUUACGAGCACCCGUCCUGCCAGGGUGUUAUCCCGUGCUCCGUAGGCGACGGCCCUCACUGCGCCUCCUGUUCCUACGAGAACCGCUCUCGCUGUGCCAGCUGCAAUCCCGGCUACAUGCUGAGCCAAGGGACCUGUAGGAAUACCAUCCCGGAUUCUACCGACAACUACAUCGGGUUCGAGACAGACCUUCAGGACAUGGAGCUGCGUUACCUGCUGCAAAAGAAGGACGGGCGGAUCAGUAUUCACGCCAUGUUCAUAAGCAAUGACGUCAGACUCAACAACUGGUUCGAUCCCAGCUGGAGAAAGAGGAUGCUGUUGACGCUGAAGAGCAACAAGUUCAAAUCUAGCCACGUUCACAUGCUCCUAGGGAUCUCCCUGCAGAUAUGCCUUACUAAAAACAGCACCCUGGAACCCUUGCUGUCCGUCUACAUCAAUCCAUUCGGAGGUAGUCAUUCUGAGAGCUGGAUCAUGCCAAUUGACCAGAACAAUUACCCUGACUGGGAAAGGACCAAGUUAGACAUCCCGCUUGACUGUUAUAACUGGACCCUGACUCUGGGAAACAAGUGGAAGACCUUUUUUGAGACUGUACACAUUUACCUGAGGAGCCGCGUCAAAACGGCAUUGGCUCAAGGGAACGGCAGCGUCCAUUUCGAGCCAUUGGAAUACAUGGACUCAUCCCGUAACCUGGGCUACAUGAAAAUCAACAGUAUGCAGGUGUUCGGAUAUAGUAUGCACUUUGAUCCGGAUGCCAUUCAGGACUUGAUCCUGCAGCUGGACUACCCAUACACGCAGGGCUCGCAGGACUCGGCCUUGCUCCAGCUGCUGGAGAUCCGAGACCGGGUCAACCGACUCUCUCCACCGGGCCAGCAACCUCUGGAUCUGUUCGCCUGCUUGUUACGCCACCGUCUUAAACUCUCUACCACUGAUGUGGUCCGAAUCCAGACUGCUCUUCAGGCCUUCAGCGCCAAGCAGCCCAACUCAAUGGAGUAUGAAACUACCAAGCUAUGUAGCUAAAAAGGCACUGCACGGUAGCAGUAUAUUUGUAGCUAUUUCAGUAACUGUAGUUAAACGGCCUGAUAGACAUAAAAAAAAUUAAAAUAAAAAAAAAACAUCGGACAGCUGCUGGGAUACAGUGUUGAUGGUGAUGCCACAGUUCUGGUUUGAAGCACUGAUGUAAUGGGCCACUUCAGAAGAAUGGCCAAACCUUUUGCCUUUUCUUUUCUUAACUGCAAUGAUGAUUUACAAUAACUCGUAGCGUGAUGACCUCAUGUCAGUUUCUGCAGAAUUUAGCAUCAGCCCCUGUCCGGAUAAACAAUGUGUGCGGUAGGACUCGUCCGGAAACAGUCUCUUGACUUUUAUUUUCACCUCUUUAUUCUCUGCAAGCAUAACAGAGACCGUAAACACAUGGUGAGCCAAACCUUGUUAGUGUAAUCAGGGGUUCCUGCUGUGUCUGGGCAGAAUUCCGACUUAUUUUAGUUUUUGUUUUUUCUCGCCUUUUCUAUGCUGUCUGUCAACACUGUAACUCUCAAAAAUAUCAGUAUCCUAAUCAACAAUAGAUGGUUUUGUUGAUGCUUAAAACUAUUUUUAUGGUAUUCAUUGGAAAAUGAAUGUACUGUAGGAGGAAAGCUGUUUAAAAAUCUCAACACCAUAAGCAAGGUACUUAUUAUAUUAUGCUGUUUCAUGUACAUUUAUUUUUAUAAAAUCUAUUAAUUGUGACAAGUUACAAAGGUAAUGUCCAUACAAUGUAUAGAACAUGAAUUUGUUAAUACUCUAAAUAAAAGUCAUUUUUAUGUGU